UCUAGCAACCUUUCGAGCUUGGACUGUUGGCUUUUGGCGAUGGUUAUAGCUUCCACGUCAACUGACGAAGUCAGAGUCACCCACAAGCUAUGGCGUCAACAGCGCAUACUCACACGACUGCAAUGAAUCAAUAAUGCAUCACGCUGGUAGAUUGAUCUCCAUGGACUUUACACGCCAUCAGAGAUGAAGCGCUCUAAUUUGCACACAUCGGGAGCAUCAAACUCGGAAACUCCAAGAAACCCAACGAGUACGGGAGCCACCGUCGUUCAGUACUCUGUCCUCUUGUAUCUCGCACUCAAACACAUUCUACACGACGAUCCGCGGCAUCUUCAAUACAGCGAGAAGGUCAAGCAAAGUCGAUACUUGGCAGCAAGCACCGAACGCAGUCAAACGCUUUCCGCCAAAUCAAGACAAGAGCGCGAAGCAGAAUCCCAGAACGGUACCAAAAGCAAAGAUACUGCUGCCGCAGGAUAUUGCCUUUCGAAAGAUACGCAAGCGACGACACCCGACGCGCCCUCCUGCCGACAUACACAAAGACGACGCAAUCACCAAGCUGAUCAGGCCUGCCUAAUAGAGACUAAGCCUAGAGACCCGAGACUACAUGUCUCCAAGACACAGAUGAGCAAGGCAUGGUCUCUGCUACGCGCAGUGUCUAGGUCAACAGAGAGCUCUGUCGGCCCGCGUUCAAGAAGGGACAAAGGGAAGCAGCGAGAAAAGAACGUACGAUGGGGCGUGGUGCAGACCCACCAAUUCGAGUCGGAUGACGAAGCACACGGUAGAGAGCGUUCCUCCCGAGAGAGUAUCGUGGAAGGGAUGUCAGGGAGAGAGACACGGGCCAGACACGAUCAUCGAGCGUCUGUCGUGGCAGAAGGAGAUCAUGGUCCGUAGGAACCUACAGAGGGAAGAAGCGGAUAGAUCCUUGGAUUGAGCAAAUCAUAUACCAACUACUUCUUGAAACCAAGUUUAAGUUCAUUUUUCUUGUCCGCACCACACUACAUCUUUUAGACAAGUGGCGGUCUGGGUAACAGCACCGUAGUACAUUAGUCAUAGUAAACAAUUCAAAUGCCAUAGCGAACGCGACUCGCCAGGUG